CCAACCCAGUCCUCUAUCGGUCCAGGUGGCAGAGCGCACUUCGGCCGUGGGAUGCAGCCUCUCAUCUCCAACACAUGGACAGCGGAGCUUGGAGCUGCCGCAGCGCGCCACGGCUCCACUAGCUGAAGACACCACCUCCUCACACAGCGGAAAGAAGAGACGAUCGCUCCCGCGUUUAACUCUUGGACUGCGAUUUUUUUUUUUUUAAAGGAUAUACUUCUACCCACGACUUUUUUUUCUUUUCUUCUUCUAUUUUCGAAACCGCAAGAGAGCAGAGCCAGUUGUGUUAAAUGCGCAACCAUGCUCAUCAUCUCGUCCCGCAGUGCGCUGCUGUCCAUCUACUACCCACAGAUCUUCCUCAUCCUCACCAGCGGUAGCUACCUGGCGCUGUCCUCCGUGGUAGCUCUAGGUGCCAACAUCAUCUGCAACAAGAUACCGGGACUGGCCCCCCGUCAGAGAGCCCUCUGUCAGAGUCGCCCCGACGCCAUCAUCAUCAUCGGCGAAGGCGCUCAGCUGGGCAUCAACGAGUGUCAGCACCAGUUCCGCUACGGCCGGUGGAACUGCUCCGCCCUGGGACAGAGGACUGUCUUUGGACAAGAGCUGAGAGUAGGCAGCAGGGAGGCAGCGUUCACUUAUGCCAUCACUGCAGCCGGAGUUGCCCACGCAGUGACCACCGCCUGCAGCCAAGGCAACCUCAGCCAGUGCGGCUGUGACCGCGAGAAGCAGGGCUACCACGACCAAGAGGAGGGCUGGAAGUGGGGGGGCUGCUCGGCCGAUGUCAAGUACGGCGUGGAGUUCUCGCGGCGCUUCGUGGACGCCCGUGAGAUCAAGAAAAACGCCCGCCGGCUGAUGAACCUGCACAACAACGAGGCGGGGCGAAAGAUGCUAGAGGGGAGGAUGAAGCUGGAGUGCAAGUGUCACGGCGUGUCUGGUUCCUGCACCACUAAGACCUGCUGGAUCACCCUGCCGAAGUUCAGAGAGCUCGGUUACCUGCUGAAGGAGCGCUACAGCGGCGCGGUUCAAGUAGAGCCGGUCCGGGCCUCUCGCCUCCGCCAGCCCUCCUUCCUGCGACUCAAGGAGGCCCGGGGCUACCAGAAGCCCACGGACACGGACCUGGUGUACCUGGAGCGCUCGCCCAACUACUGCGAGGAGGACACGGCCACGGGGAGCACGGGGACGCGGGGGAGACUGUGCAACGGCACCUCGACCCUCACGGACGGUUGCAACCUGAUGUGCUGCGGCCGCGGUCACGACACGCACCACUACACGCGCAUCUGGCAGUGCAACUGCAAGUUCCACUGGUGUUGCUUCGUCAAGUGCAACACGUGCAGUGAGAAAUCAGAAGUCUUCACCUGCAAGUAGGGGAUGAGGCAGUGGGGCACUGGAAGCAGGGGAGAGAGAGAGAGAGGCUGGUGAAAAUGGACAACGGUUGAAGGUGAGAGGGUUAUGACAAAGCGGAAUUCGAAAGUGAAGGACUCGGAAGUAUUUAUUCAACAAUUUGCACAUUUUUACAUCCUAUUUUGGAAUUCUUUAAAACAAAAGAAAAAGUCCUGAAAGAGAUAAAAAAAAAAAACUGUGACAUGAUGCAAACAUGUUGCAGUUGAGAGGAUUUUCACUAUUUUGGAAGACAACAUCUCGCAGAGACGUAGCUCACGGAUGUCUUGCAGGAAAGGAGAAACAACAAGGACUAUUGUUGGAUCUCGAGGAGACUUUCGGAACACGCUAAUCGGAAAUGCGACAACAGCAAAGCGCUCCAGACGGCCACGACGGAAGACUGAGAAUUGAAAGAUGGAAGUGGAAUACUUCUACCUGUACGCUCACACUGUAUUCUGUUUGAACACUGAAAAUAAAACACAAAUUAUUUAUGUCAAAAAAUAUCUUUCGAACUCAGUCUUAUAGGAUAGAUAAACUCAUUUUCCAUUUAUUUUAUGAUCUUAAAUUGCUACUGAAACAGUUCAGUCACGUGGACUCAUGUACAGCCACGAAGCCGCUGAAUUCUUUGCUAUUCCCUGUUUAUUCAUUAGCAGUUGUCUGUGGUGUAUUUCGCUAAAGAUUAGCUAUUUUUCUUUUGCACUCAGUCACAUUUCUUUCCGUUUUUUCAUGGAACAUCAGUAAGUUGUGUCGGUGAGCUCCAUGCUGACAUCUCUCUCAUGGACAAAUCCCGCCCCCCCCAGAAAAC